UGGGUAUUCAGUCCAAACAAAGCCUUAGUAGGAGGCAGUGCUCCUGAGGCUGAGGCCGAGGCUGAGGCAGCAGCGGUGCACGAACGCUGGACGAGUAUAAAUAAACAGAGAAAUAUAAAUGGCACUCCCAGUCAGAGACACACAGAGGCCCCGAAACCUUCGCACCUCCGCCCCCUGUGAGAGAAGCAAAUUGGAAAACCAUCCGGCGUCCGUACUUAUCUCCGCCUGAAUAUCCGGAUGGACGUCCACCACCACCAGAGGCCUGCUAAACCUCCCGCCGCCGCCAACCACCGCAGCCACCCCCACCCCCACCAGAAGAAAUCUUCCCCUUCCGUUCACCAAGCCCCCAAGGCCUCCGAUGCCCUCCCUCUUCCUCUCUACCUAACCAACGGCAUUUUCCUUACGCUCUUCUUCGCCGUCGCCUACUACCUCCUCCACCGCUGGCGAGACAAGAUCCGUAACUCCACUCCGCUCCACGUCGUCACUCUCUCCGAACUCGCUGCCAUCUUCUCUCUCAUCGCAUCCUUCAUCUACCUCCUUGGCUUCUUCGGCAUUGACUUCGUCCAAUCCUUCAUUGCUCGCGCCUCUCACGAUGCCUGGGACGUCGACGACGACGUCGUCCGUCCCGAGUCCCCAGCCUUCAUCCUCGAAGAAGAUCGCCGCCUAGUCGAUUGCGCCAUUCCUCCUCCAGCGCCGAAACUGAUGGAUCCGUCGCCCGCGAUUUCUUCCGAGGAGGACGAGGAAAUCGUGAAAUCAGUUGUUUCCGGCGCGAUUCCGUCCUACUCGCUCGAGUCGAAACUCGGCGACUGUUACCGCGCGGCCUUAAUUCGACGCGAGGCGGUGCAGAGGCUUACAGGGAGAUCUCUUGCUGGCUUGCCUUUGGAUGGGCUCGAUUACGAGUCAAUUUUGGGGCAAUGUUGCGAAAUGCCAAUUGGAUACGUGCAAAUUCCGGUGGGGAUUGCGGGCCCGUUGUUGCUCAACGGGUGCGAGUACUCGGUGCCCAUGGCGACCACAGAGGGAUGUUUGGUCGCCAGUGCGAACCGAGGUUGUAAGGCCAUAUAUGCAUCGGGUGGCGCUACUAGCAUUCUAUUGAGAGAUGGGAUGACAAGGGCCCCGGUUGUUAGGUUUCCCACGGCGAAGAGAGCUUCGGAGUUGAAGUUCUUCUUGGAAGAUCCACUCAAUUUUAAUACGUUAUCCGUCGUUUUUAACAGGUCGAGCAGAUUUGCCAGACUCCAAAGUAUUCAAUGCUCUAUUGCUGGGAAAAAUCUGUACACGAGAUUUAGCUGCAGCACAGGUGAUGCAAUGGGGAUGAACAUGGUGUCCAAAGGUGUUCAAAACGUUUUAGAUUUCCUACAGAACGAUUUUCCUGACAUGGAUGUAAUUGGCAUAUCUGGCAACUUCUGUUCUGACAAGAAGCCUGCUGCAGUCAAUUGGAUUGAAGGACGUGGAAAGUCUGUUGUUUGUGAAGCAAUCAUAACUGAAGAGGUGGUUAGGAAGGUGCUGAAAACCACUGUCUCUGCACUGGUAGAGCUUAACAUGCUUAAGAAUCUUGCUGGGUCCGCAGUUGCUGGUGCUCUUGGUGGUUUCAAUGCCCAUGCUGCCAAUAUAGUCUCUGCAAUUUUCAUAGCCACUGGGCAGGAUCCAGCACAAAACAUUGAGAGUUCCCACUGCAUAACUAUGAUGGAGGCCAUUAACAAUGGGAAUGAUCUUCAUAUUUCGGUGACCAUGCCUUCCAUUGAGGUCGGUACUGUUGGGGGUGGGACUCAACUGGUAUCUCAGUCAGCUUGCCUGAACCUUCUUGGCAUAAAAGGUGCCAGCAAAGAGUCACCAGGAUCGAACUCAAGGCUUCUGGCCACCAUAGUAGCUGGUUCAGUUUUGGCAGGGGAGCUCUCCUUAAUGUCUGCCAUUGCAGGGGGGCAGCUCGUCAAGAGCCACAUGAAAUACAACAGAUCGAGCAAAGAUGUUACUAAAAUUGCCUCUUAAGUUGGUGGACAAAGUUGUAGCUCAGUGCAAACCUUGAAAUAAACUUGUGGAGAGGGCUGUCGAAGAAGGCAAAAUUGGAGGAGGUGAUGGUGGUCAUGGUGGGGCGGGUACCUUGAAGCUAACAAUGUGCCCAUGUGAGACCAGUUCUUGUCAUAGCUGUAAAGUUGCCAGGCAUGUGAUUCGUGAAGAAUGAGGCUAAUUUGCCCAGUUGUACUGUUUAGUUCUGUAACCAUUGAUUGCAUCCCCUAUCGACCUGUGCUGGAGCCCCCCAACCCAACCCCAUUCAUGUCUUUUAUCUUGUCCAAGUGUGAAUUGGGAAAUGUUGUCGUUCAUCGUAUUUGUUUUUGGUUGUUUGUGUCACUUAGUUUUCCGAACCCACUUUGUUCCACAUUGGUUCACCACUUGUUUUAUCUCUUGUUCUUUGGACACAGGACCAUAAUUUGAAAAUAUCUAGAUUGUUGUAUUUAAAA